AUGGAGAGAUCAAGCUUAGCCAAUUUGAAAAAUAACAUCCUACAGAGAUCUAAGAAAGCAAUUCAACCAAUUAGAGAAUUUAUCCAAUGGUAUAAAGCACGCCUGUUGCAUACCAGAAUUAUUCUUGCAGUUUUGGGACUCCUAUUAUUACUAGGGAAUAUCCCAGCAGAGAAAAAUGAUGAGAACUUGAAUUCAGUGAUUGACUUUCUUGUUUUAUUUGCAAAUAGGGUUCGUGGUGAGAAAUACGGAGGAUUGAUAUUACUAGUGUUGAUUGUUAUAGCGGCAUUUCCACCAAUGUUUGGAGUUUAUGGAUAUUGUGUUAUCACAGGCUUGCUUUAUGGAAUGACGCUCAAAAGUUGGCUUAUUGUCACCUCAGGAACUGUCAUAGGCUCUAUUAUAUCAUUCUUGUCCUGGAGAUGCUUAUUGUCAAGAAGGGCCGAAAAAUGGCGUGAAUCAUCUAGGUUGUUCUCGGCAUUUUCCACAGUUCUAGCAGAGGAUAAACACAAGUUCCUAUUAUUAUGCCUUUUGCAAUUAUUUCCUAGACCUUAUUCAAUUGCUAAUGCUAUGUUUGCUACCAUCCCCAAACUUGAUGUUUACAGUUUCUUGUUUUCGGUGAUAUUGACAUCGCCGAGAUAUUUGAUGAUGGUUUAUGCCGGUAGUCAGAUUGAGAACUUGAAAGAACAUAUGAGUGAGCCCCCUAGUAUCGUUGAUUUGAUAAUUAUUUUUGCUUCAUACGCCAUUCCAUUGACCACUGCUUACUUGGUAUAUAAGAAAAUUAAGAGGGUUUUGGCAAAAGAAAAUAGCACUGUUGAAGAUGAUGAAGUCGGAGUGUCUUUGAUGAGAUAUGAAGAUAGAGGAGAAUGUGGAGAAACCAAGGUUUAG